GUUUGUCGGUUGAAUUUGGUAAGUGAACAAGUGAAAUAAAAAGUGAAAAGUGAGUAAAGAGUGAAACAAUCAGAGGAGUGAAUUAGUGAAAAUUGCGUUAAAGUGCAUUUGGUGUGCACUCCUUAUCAGCUUCAUUGUGAUAAUUGAAAUUCAAUUCAAAUUGAAAAGAAUGUGAUGAACGCUGACAAGGAAAAAAAAUGAGAGACAUUAUGCAUUAUAGAAUUUUAAAUUGUCUAGUGUUAGUGCUAAUUUUAUUGAGUGAACAAACGAGGUUUUCAUUAGCAAGGAAGAACCAAGAUGGAAUUUAUGACAUGCUACUUGAUAUGGGAAUCCCUGACCUUCCCUAUGGAGUUAAUACAUCGACGGGAAUGUGUGAUGGAUAUCGAAAUGCUUUUCAAACCCACAAAGCACCAGCUUAUACAAUUAACAGAGGAGCUAUGAUAACAGUAGCUACAUCUGAAGUUUUCAAUGAUGGAUUUCCAGCUGAUUUCUCAAUAAUGACAGUUCUUAAAGCACAACAGACUUUUGCUAGAGCGCCAGUUUUUUCAAUUUACACUUCAGAAAGCGAAGAGUCACUCGUUUUGUUUGUUGGCUCUGAAAUUGCAAUUGUUUAUCAAGAUAUGAAUGGUGAAUUAGUUGAAGAUAAUCUUAUAAGCUUUGACGCAAGCACAAAUGAUCUUAAAUGGCAUCGCAUUGGCAUUAGUGCAAAAGGAGAUUCCAUCACAGUCAUUUUUGAUUGUUCUAAACAAAUAACUAAGAAACUUUCAAGAUCUAAAACUCCUAAAGUUUCUGAUGAUGGGUUAAUUUUUAUGGGAGUUCAACUUGAUGAAGAUGAAGAUUAUUUCAUGGGUGAAAUCCAAAUGCUUAUGGUUGCUGAUAAACCUGACUCUGCUUAUGAGAUUUGCACAAAAUAUGCCCCAAAUUGUACAAGUUCCUCGAGAUCUGAAACUAUUGAAAGAUCUUCAAGCUCCAAUAGCAAUUCGCGAAGGCCAGUUACAAAUGAAAGUUCAAAUAAUCGUUCGAGAAAUAACGAGAGAUCAAAUUAUAGAAGAAAUAAUUCAUUAUAUAUGGAUUCAUUAGGAAAUUUGGAUAUGCCUGGACGUGACAUUCCUAAUGAUAAUGGAAUACUCCCAUCACGUGAUUUUUCAGCUGAAUCAGAUGGACUAGGAGGAUUCACCGGGAUAGAUGACUAUUAUGAUCAAUUUAAUUCUGAAAACAAUAAUGUUGGUUCAGAAUUUGUAACUGAACCAGGAAUUGAAGUAUAUAAUCCAGAACCUGGCAUUGAUGAAGUUUAUAAUCCAGAACCAGGAAUAAAUGAAAGAGUAUUAGUAGAAACUUCUGAAAACAACACUGAGGUUGAGUCAUCCACUAUUUACUCAACUGUCGUGAAUGGAGUUAAAUUUGCAUCACUUCCAGGUCCAAGAGGUACUCAAGGCCCUAAAGGAGAAAAAGGUGAUCCUGGUCCAAAAGGAGAUGAAGGACGUGGUGGUUUGGGUGGUUUAGUCGGCCCACCAGGUGCUCCAGGCCAUGUCUUUAUGGUUCCUCUUAACAAUGGAAACAAUGGGGGUGAAAAAGGCCCUGAUGCUCAAGCAGAAGCAUUUAGACAAAUGCUUGCGCAACAUAUGCUAGCCAUGAAAGGUCCAGAAGGUCCAAUGGGGUUAACAGGGAUUCCUGGUUUACCAGGAAAAACCGGGGAUCAAGGUAUUAAAGGAGAAACUGGAGAUGCUGGUGAACCUGGAUCACAAGGAGUUAGAGGCUUGAUGGGCCUUCCAGGAAGAGAAGGAAAACGAGGAAGAGCUGGAAGAGAUGGUGAAAGAGGUCUGGCAGGGCCUAUGGGCUUAAAAGGUGAACCUGGUCCUAUCGGAUUACAAGGUUUACCAGGCGAAAAAGGUGACAGAGGUAAAUCAGGACAUCCUGGUGAAAAAGGAGACAAAGGCGCUGAAGGCAUUCAAGGAGAUGAUGGACCUCAAGGCCCACAUGGCUUGAUUGGAGAAAUGGGACCAAGAGGCUUUACAGGUCCAAGAGGCUUUCCAGGUCCACCAGGAAAUACAGGAAUAACUGGUUCUGAAGGUGCAACUGGAGCUAAAGGAAAUCAAGGGCCACCAGGUCAACCUGGUAACCCUGGUCAACUAGGUGCUAUUGGACCUCCUGGAUCUAUUGGCGUUCAAGGGAAUAUGGGUUCCCCGGGAAUACCUGGACCACAAGGGAAGCCUGGAUAUCCAGGAAGUCCUGGAGCUCCAGGUUCUGAUGGUAGAGCAGGAAACCCAGGAUCAGCAGGGCCUAAAGGAGAGCCUGGCCCACAAGGAGCUCAGGGAUCAAUUGGAUUUCCAGGUAGUAGAGGUCCAAAGGGAGAUGAUGGACUGCGAGGCAUUGCGGGAGAGAAGGGUGAUAAAGGAGAAAUUGGGCAUGAUGGAGAGAAAGGUGAUCAAGGACAAAGUGGAGAGAUUGGACCGAUUGGCCCACAGGGUAUUGUUGGAUUAGAGGGACCUGAGGGACCAAAAGGGUUUGAAGGUCCUAGAGGUGAAGCUGGAGCUAUAGGAUUGCCUGGAGAAAAAGGAAAGCAAGUUUUUAAUUCUUUUGUGUUUUCUCGUCAAGGAUUGCAAGGCUUUCCUGGUUAUCCCGGUGUUCCUGGAGACAAGGGAGAUAAAGGAUCUCCAGGUACUUCUGGCUCAGUAGGACUGAAAGGAGAGAGAGGUAACACUGGUCAGCCCGGAGAACGAGGUGAAACUGGGCCAAGAGGAUUCAGAGGUUCGAGAGGAAGACGUGGAAGUGAUGGACCUUUCGGACCUAAAGGUGACACUGGCAUGCCCGGAGCUCCAGGACAAAUAGGUGAACCGGGCCCACAAGGGGUCGAAGGUUCAAGAGGAAUACAAGGCACUCCUGGAUCACCUGGUAAGGAUGGAAAAGAUGGACCAUCUGGUUUUCCUGGAGAGAGAGGCGAAAGGGGAGAACAAGGCCCAAUUGGAUUGCCAGGCCCUGCAGGAACAAUUGGCUUACCAGGACAAAGUGGUGAACCUGGAUCUAAUGGCGAACCUGGAAUACCAGGAACUCCUGGACCAGCUGGUGAACCAGGUCCUCCCGGUGAAUCUGGAAAAGAAGGACCACCUGGACUUCCCGGACCUAUGGGUAAAAGUGGUCCACCCGGAAAUCAAGGUUUGAUUGGCUUUCCUGGCGAACGAGGUAAUCCUGGCCAACCUGGUCUUGCUGGUUUGAAAGGUGAAGUAGGCCCGCCGGGUCUAUUAGGCCCAAUGGGUGAUAAAGGCCAACAAGGGCCACCUGGCAAAGAAGGAAUUCAAGGACCACAAGGGCGACCAGGUCCACCUGGCCCUGCUGGUUCGUCGGGUUCUAAAGGUGAAAGAGGUGAAUCUGGAUUAGCAGGUCCGAUAGGAAGAGAUGGUUUGCCAGGUUUAAGAGGACUGGCAGGUCCACCUGGUCCUAUGGGCUUACCUGGAGAAGAUGGAGACAAGGGUGACAUUGGACCUCCUGGUGAAAAAGGAGAAAAAGGAACUCAAGGUGAUGCAGGCCCUGUAGGAGUUCAAGGCAUACAAGGAAGUGUUGGUGAUAAUGGACCUCCUGGUGCCACUGGGCCUGUUGGACAAAAAGGAGAAGCAGGUCGCCGAGGCCCACCUGGAAGCGAUGGUCCCACAGGAAAACCUGGUCCAAAUGGUCUUCAGGGCCCUAUUGGUGAAACUGGGCCACCUGGUGUUCCAGGACCUAUGGGAAUCGAAGGAAAGGUAGGAGAAAAAGGAAACCAAGGCAUUAAAGGAGAAACAGGAUCAAUGGGAACGCCAGGUCCGCCUGGAAAAAGAGGAAGUCAAGGUCAAGAGGGUCCAAAAGGCGUUCCAGGAUCAAGAGGGCUUCCGGGAAAUCAAGGAGAACAAGGUGUUCCUGGAUCAAAAGGAGAACCUGGAAGAGAUGGUGCUGAUGGUAAAAAAGGAGACAUUGGACUUCCAGGACCACAGACUCAUUUAAAGGGCAUACCUGGACAACCAGGAAUUCAAGGCCCCCCAGGAAAACUUGGUCCUGAAGGAAAAGCAGGAAUUCAAGGUAAUACUGGUAUAAGAGGUGACAAAGGAGAAAAAGGAAUCGAAGGACCGAGAGGUUUAACAGGUUUACCAGGUCCAUCAGGACCACCUGGAGAACAAGGACCAGGAGGUUUGAGGGGAGCUAUUGGACCUGCUGGGGACGCUGGUGCCACUGGAAAUACAGGACCUCAAGGUCCAGAUGGUCCCAUUGGAAAAACAGGUCCACAAGGAGAGAAAGGUGACAGAGGAAGGAGAGGUCUGAAAGGUCACAGAGGUGAAUUAGGUUUAGUGGGAAUUAAAGGCGAACAAGGUGAAAAAGGAGAGAGAGGAACUAAAGGAGAUCCUGGAGAAAUUGGACAAAAAGGUGAAAUAGGACCACCAGGUUUGAUGGGAAUCAAAGGAAGUGAUGGUCCUCAAGGUAUUCAAGGAGAUACUGGAUCUCAUGGUCCAAAAGGAAGUCAAGGUGGAGAUGGACAAAAAGGAGAAACUGGUCCAUCAGGGCCUCCUGGACCGCCUGGCCCACCUGCUGAAGCACCUUUGAUACCUCCUGAACUUUUAUUCCAUAGUGAAUUUUCCCUCACAAAAGGUGAAGAGCGUAUGAAAAGAGAUCUGGAUGCAAUGGAAAGACUGGCAGCUGAAAUAGAUGAUGCUGAUAUUGAUGAACUUAUGGGUGUCGAGAAAAAAACAAACAGAAAAUCUAGCAGUAGAAAGAAGAAGACAAAAGACGAUAUGGGACCAAAAUUCUUGGACAUGUAUAGUUCGAUUUAUUCCAUGCGUCAAGAACUUGAUCGCAUGAGAAAGCCAGUCGGGACCCGUGAUAAUCCAGCCAGAACAUGCAAAGAUUUAUGGUUUGGACAUAAUAAAUUUGAAAGUGGCUGGUAUUGGAUUGAUCCAAAUUUGGGAAUGACUGAUGAUGCUAUCUAUGUUUUCUGCAACAUGAAAUCUGAAGGAGAAACUUGUGUUCAUCCUGACGUGCACAGUUCACAAAUGCCAAAUAUUCCUUGGCGUAAAGAAAAUGAUAAAACCGAUUGGUAUUCAAAUCUUAGAGGUGGAUUCCGAAUUUCUUAUGAAUCAGUUGGUGCCGUUCAAAUGAAAUUCCUACGGAUGUUGUCAGAAGAAUCUUAUCAAAAUUUCACUUACACUUGUAUGAAUAGUAUUGCAUGGUUUAACAGUAAUCUCGAAAAUUAUGAUUUCUCGAUUAAGUUCCUUGCUGAAAAUGAUGCAGAAAUAGGAUACGAAAGUAAUAUUGUUAAGCCAACAAUCCUUACCGAUGGCUGCAGAACCGGAAGAAGUAAAAGUGAAACUGUGUUUGAGAUAAGAACAAAGAAAGUCGACUAUUUACCAAUCAUUGAUUUUUAUCCAGUCGAUUACGGACAUCAACAGCAAGCAUUUGGUUUCCAAAUGGGUCCAGUUUGCUUCAAAUAAAAUAAAUUUUGAAUCAGUUGAAAAUAGAAUGAAACUCUUUUAAUUUUAAUUUCUCGAAAUCUCGUAAAAAGUAACAUGACAUAUAACAUUAAUUUAGCGCGAACACGAAAUACUUUUAUAACUUUUUACGUUUAAAUUUCUUUCAAAUCAAGUAAAUUCAUUUUGUUAAAUUGUUCAACGUUGAUUUAUAGAAGAUAAUAAAGAAAAUUAUACUAAAAUUUUAA